GAGGGCGCGGCGCAGCCUCCACCACCUGCGGAACCUGUCGGGCGGCUCACAUCGGUUCGCCGCCGCGCACGCACUGCUCCGUCUCUUCUGCCCGCGCCUCAGAGGACUUUUCCCCGGCCUCGCCGCGCCUCACCGCUGGCCCCAGCCAUGAAGCUGUUAUGCGGGGCUGCCCUCCUGCUGCUGCUCUGCGCCGCCGCCUGCGCUCAGGACAGCCCGUGCAUCUGCGAGAAGAACAAGCGUGUCACGAACUGCAGGGUGGCCAACGGCGUCUGCUGGUGCGACUCGGUCGGCUCCGGCGUGUCUGUGAACUGCGACAGUUUGACUUCAAAAUGCCUGUUGAUGAAAGCAGAAGUGACAGGCUCAAAAUCAGGUCGUCGUGAGAAACCAAAAGGUGCAUUUGAAGAUACUGAUGGCCUUUAUGAUCCUGAGUGCGAAAAUACUGGUGUUUUCAAGGCAAAGCAGUGCAGCGGAACUACCUGUUGGUGUGUGAAUACAGCUGGUGUUAGAAGAACUGACAAGCAUGACGCAGACUUGAAGUGCAAUCAAUUAGUCAGAACGACAUGGAUCAUCAUUGAAAUGAAACAUGCCGACAGAAACGUUCCUCUGAACACUGAAUCUUUAAAGAAAUUCUUCAGGGAAACAAUUACCAAUCGUUAUAUGCUGGAUGGGCGCUAUAUAAGUAGUGUUCUGUAUGAAAAACCUUACAUUACUAUUGAUUUGAAGCAAAAUUCCUCAGAAAAGUCUUCUGGAGAUGUGGAUAUAGCUGAUGUGGCCUACUACUUUGAAAAAGAUGUAAAAGGUGACUCUAUCUUUCAUAAUAACAGACUAAACAUCAGCAUUGAUAAUGAAAUGCUGCAUUUUGAGAAGACAGCAGUCUACUACGUUGAUGAAAUAGCACCGGAGUUUUCCAUGAAGUCUCUGACUCCUGGCCUCAUUGCUGUCAUUGUAGUAGUAAUAGUAGCAAUAGUUGCUGCAAUUGUUGUUCUGGUCUUCACAAGGAGGAGGAAAGGGAAGUACGUGAAAGCUGAGGUAAAGGAAAUGAAUGAAAUGCAUAGAGGACUGAAUGCUUAAUUAAAUCAGCUGAAGAUGGAGUAAGAUUCAAACAAGAAGACAACAGAAACAUUGGAGGCAUGGAUCUUAACUCUUAAAAAGAUUCCUCCUGAAAGGGAGGCAAUUGUGCUCACUUAAUGAUUGUUAAAACUUUAACAGCCAAGACUGGUAACCAUGCUACUACUUUUGCUAUUUGUUGAGAGUUAAAUCUUAAACGCCCCAUCUUACUCAAGUCAAACUUAACUAUUGCUCCCUGAUUUUAUUUUUUUUAUGAUGAUGAAAUGAGUUGACAACUGCUGUUACUAGGGUUUUGGAGCAUACAUGCUUAAAUGGUUAUUUUACCCUUGUGGGAGGUUUAUUGAAAAUAAUGAUUUUUGUAGCCAUGUUGUAACAAGACUGUCUCCUGUAUAACUGAACAUGAUGUUUUUAUGGCUGUUUGUACAUAUUUGAAGUUGCUGUAACUUUUUUAUGACUUGAAUUAAUAAAACUUUGAAACAGG